CCUCCUCUCCACGCUUCAGACCUGCGGCCACAUCAGCGGGACGCUUGGUCCCCGUUAAAACACUGUGUCCUGUGUCCGGUAACCGGCGCGUCUCCGGUGCUCCGGUUCAUCCUCCUCAUCUGUGUGUGAGCUCUCAGAGGGAGUAACGGGGAGGACGGAGCGGGAGGUGAUGGAGCGGUCCCGUUAAAGUUGAAGCCUGAAGAGAAGCUGAGUGUGUGUGUGUGUGUGUGUGUCUCCGGUGCUCCCGCCGCGCUCUGUGAGCGGCUGCUCCCCGCCUCAGAGGCCAUGGGCUGCGGCUUACGGAAACUGGAAGACCCGGAGGACAACAGCCCCGGGAAGAUCUACUCCACCUUAAAGAGACCACAGGUGGAGACUAAGACUGACACUGUGUACGAGUAUGUGCUGCUGGACUUCAGCCUGGAAGGCAGUCGCCCCACGGUUCAGUAUGUGGCUUCCCUCUCUGAGCUGCCCCAGGCCCUGCAGCCCUACUACACACAAGGCUACGUCCUGGCCGCCCUGCACCCCAUCAUCCUGUCUGUGGGCCGAACCCGCUCGCUGCCCUUCAGUCUGCUCUACAGAGCCAUCCUGGCCCGUCCCAGACCCAGUAAGCAGAUGGCGUCCAUGUGUUACAGCGUGCCCAUGUUGAAGGUGGAGGAGUGGCCAUUACCUGGAGAGUCACUGACGGGCGACACGGUCAGAGCGCUCAUCGACAGGGUGAACAGCAGCGCCCGGGGCGGCGUUCGAUUCGUGGGCUCGGUCCUCCAGCAGGUGAGUGGGAUCACCAACGGCAGGGUGCACAGUCCGAAGAGGGGCUGCCGCUCCCCUCCACGCACCCCUCCUCAUACUCCACCCGGAGACAGAGAGCUGGAGGAGAACACCUACAGUCCAGACUUGAGGCUGCUCGUCUUCUUCCACUCCUGGGCUCCUGGCUGUGCUCCUCUGGACUCACUGGCCUGUCAGUACCACCAGGGGGCGCUCUCCAUGCGCGUGUCCAGGAAGGGUCAGGCGGUCAGCUCCCUGGAAGCUGAUUGGCUGGAGCUGACUGCCGCCUACUACCGGAAAGGCUGGUCAUUGGUGGACUCGUUCGUCUACUGGGACACGCCUAAAGGCGAGCCGGUGCCACGAUCACUGGAGGGACUGUUUGUGUAUGAGGAGAGAAGCACCUCUCCUCCUGCCAAUGACACCAUCGUCGUGGAGCAGUGGACUGUCAUUGAGGGCUCCAACGUGAAAACAGACUACGGGCCCCUCCUUCACACUCUGGCAGAGUUUGGUUGGCUGCUCACGUGUGUGCUGCCCACUCCCAUCAUCCGACACGACAGUGACGGGAACUUGGCCACAAAGCAGGUUGUGUUUCUCCAGCGGCCGGUCAGAAGUCAGGCAGCAGCUCAACCCAGGAACCAGUCUUUAUCUGUGCACAGCGAAGUGUCCAGUCGCUCUGUGAGUCGAGCGGUCAGCAGCCCCAUCCCUCCAGAGGAGCUGUCUCCGACCGCCGGAGGCAUCGGGGGCUUCCCGGUGUUCGGAGGAGGGUAUCCCAGCGCCCUGUCUCACCUGGAGGAAGGAGGCUUUGAGCAGGAGGAGGGGAAAGCUGAGGUCACCUGUAUGUGAGCAGGGCAGACAGACGGACGCAGACUGAAGCUGAGGAUUUAAACGUUGUUGAAAAAUGACCUGAACUCUGGGAAAUCCACAGACUGUUGAUCACGUUCAUUUUAACAGAGACUUUAAUGUAGAAGAGCGCCGCACUUUUUAAAAAACGUUUUUAAUGAAGCCAUAAUGAGGUAUUAUUUACAUCUACAUCCAAACUUUUAUAUUCAGAUCUGUUGGGGAGAGACACGGGCACGUCCAUGGGAGACACUUUACACUUUAAUGCUUCUGUUUUUCUGAUGAGUUCAGGUGUUCUUGGGAAAUUGCUCCGUUACUAUAAAGCACAGACUUCUGCACAGUUUGUGAACAACACAGGAGGUGAGAUGAGGAACAGAGGGCUCUACUUUCUUUUGACGCAGCUCACACGUCUCACAGUUUAACACAUUUUUGUUUCCCCUCAGCCUUUUUCUUUAGUGUCACAUCACCCUCACCUCAAACUCACAGCUCCUCUCCUCGUUUGUAGACGGAGGCAGGAUGUGAAUAUUUAUCAGGGAGUCUGUCACAGUUUUCCUGUGCACAUCGGUACUGAAAAUAGUACUGCCUGACAUCGUACACUCACACAGAGAACAGUAUUUUCCUGUGACAUCACAGCCAGCAAGGUGCUACCAGGAGCUUUUCAGUGUUGUAAACUGGAGACAUUUUAUAUAUCAGUGUUGACCCCGUCCUCAUGUUUCAUCUGACUGGUGCCAUUUUAAAAUAACUCUGGAAACGUCUCAUCAUGCAUUCAUUUAUUAAGUGUUAUUUUAUAUUUCCUCUGUGGUACUUUCCUCAGACGAGACUGCAGACUGCUGCUUUACAGCUGACAUGGUACUGGACACACACCUGAUACUUUCUCUGUGAGGAUGAAGUCAUGAUGAAGACGAUGUAUUUUAGUUUUAUUUUAAGGGAACUCCACCGAUUUUACAAAUUGAAAUUUGUGUGCAGGGUUUUGGGAAGUAUGAGUGCAUAUGUGGGAAAAAAGGUUGUAUUAACGAACGGUUGGGGCUGAAGAGAAUCUGUGGAAACUAAUUUCUGCUAGUGUGAUAAGAAAAGAUCCUGUCAGACAAUAUUAUGAGACUUUCUCAAAUAAAGACUUGUCACAAAAAAACAGACUAGAAUCUCAAGAUAACAUGAAAGACUUUGUAUCUUAAAAUAAUGUGAAACAAUGCUAAUUAUUAGAUUUAAGAGUCGCUUUUGAGACAGUUUUUUUAAAUAUUUUGAAAUACUAACUCUACAUUGAGAGAGUUCCUUUUUAUUUUGAGGUAAUUAAGUCAUUAUUUUGGGCGAGUUUCUCAUUAUUUUGUGAUACUGGGUAAUUAUUUUUGAGUAAUUAUUUUUUAUUAUAUUUGGAAUAUCUCAUUACAUUGAGAACAUUUCUCUAUUUCAGAAGUGACUUUAAGAAAGUUUCUCAUUAUUUUGAGAUGCCACGUCAUUUUGAAUUUGUCAUUUUUUGGGGAGUUUCUCGUUAGUUUUACGUUUCUCAUUAUUUUGAGAUCAGUCAUUUUUGAGGAAAUGCAUAAUUAUUUUGGAACACAAACUGUUUACAAUUAGAAUAUUUAUCUAUAUUUGAGAUAAGUCAUUGUUUUGAGAAAAAUCCUCCUUUUUACAAAGUUUGUCAUUAUUUUGAGAUCAGUUAUAAUCGAGCAUGUUUUCUUUUUUUAAAACACUAACUCAUUACAUUGAGAACAUUUCUCUGUUUCAAAAUAAGUGAUUUGGGGAAAGUAUCUCAAUUAUUUUGAGAUGCUAACUCACUACAUUGAGGUUUCUCUAUUUAGAUUUUCAAGUCAUACUUAUUUAAUGACACUGAGUCAUUGUUUUAAGAGUUUCUCAUUUUGUGAUACUCAAAGUUUCUUAUUAAGUCUCAUUUUGAGAUCCUAUGACUUUAUUUAGACUGAGUCAUUAUUUCAAGAUAAUUAAAGGAUAACCUGCAUUUUUCAACCUAGAUCCUAUUCCCCCAUGUAAAUUAGACAAAUUUUAAAUCUGGUCCAGUAUUAAGUGAACAGAGCAACAGGCUGUAAUGGAGGCACACAGGGCAAUUAACUAUAUGUCCAUUAAAAGUGGUUAUUUUUGCCCCAGAGCGACACAGACUGUUGUUUUAAGUGGCUGAAGCGUCUCUUUACCGUUUGCUUGAUCAGGUCUGUUGUUGCUUUGUUAAGCUAAAGUCUCCUUCUGAAAUAUCACGAGAUGUCACUUGUUGCAGUGGAAAAUUGAGUGAACAUAAAACCGUUGUUCACAUCAGUCUCUUUGACCAAUUUGCACAAGGACAUAUGGUCCUUGUUGACAAAUGCCAAACUUAACCUAAGUCUUUAUUUUUUGAGAUAUUGUCAUUAUUUCCAGGUUUCUCAUGACUAAGAUCUUUUCUGUCAUCACAUUGGCAGAAAUGUGUUUCCACAGUAAAAGACAAGUUUGAAAGUGUGAAGAAAUCUGGGGAUUUGUUAGAAAGAAAUGUUAACCAGACCUCUGCAGGCUUAAUUUGCAGCUACUAGCUUAACUCACCCAAAUCUCUUCUGAGCUGUCGGUGGUCGGGUUGCAUCGUGGGUAAUGUAGGCACCAGGUUUAGACCAGGAAGAAUAAUUUGUGAAAUUAAGAGACGACUCCUUUAUAAAAGUGUCCACUGAGUCUGAGAAUGUUUCAGGAGUGAAAGUGUAAAAUCGGUGGAGUCGUCUUUAUUAAAUGCCAUGAAAGGGAUGUUGUUUUAAAGAAGAUAUGAUGCUGCUGUAUAUAAAUAUAUUAGAUGUUAGUAAUCAUUGUGCAAAUUCUGACUUACUGUGAUGCAUGUUAUUUUGCGUCUUUGGAGGGAAGUAAUGAGAUCAAAGGAACUGAUAGUAUAGUUUUAGGUUUCCAGUGAUGUACACACACACACGCCGCCCACAUCUUGACUGCUCCAUGUUUUAAAUGUGUUACGCUCCACAAACUCCCCGUCAGAGUUUACUAAAUGUCAGUAUUAAUAUUCCAGCCUUUCCUUUUUUUGGAGAGUACAUUUUGCCUCCUUUUUUAUUGCAUUAAACACUAUUUCCCAUGG